CCCGUUAAAGUUCAGAAACCCAGAAUCCUGCGCGUUGGAAGGUUGCCAGGUGGCGGCCGACAGCCUCAAAGUCGCGACUGAGUCUGCGCACUGGCCAGUUGGGAUGGGAAGCGAUUAUACUGCGACGAGGCCCCGUGGUCAGCCGAUCAAUUUCGGGUUAUGGGCGCGGAUCCAGGAAAAAUGGGAAAGGCCCUUUCUGGCAACGGUAAUGAUGUAUCCAUCUGUGACAACAUCCCAAGGGUGAGUCUGGUUUCUGGAAAUCUAGUCUGACCCCAUGGCAGCUAGGAUGGAUGUGACUUUGCCUGUGGUUAGAAAACAAAGAACUUACUGAGUUACCUGAGUACCCUGUAUACCUGUGGGUCCCACCACCUCGCUGACAGCAGGGCUUCCCAGGACCUUGGUCAAGUCUACAGAAGGCCCUGCCUGGGGCUGCAGCUGAGGGACUCAAAUCUUUUUCCAAGAACAGCAGAAAAUGAUUGAGUACCAGCAGAGACCUGUGUCCUUCAAAGACGUGGUAGUAGGCUUCACUCAAGAGGAGUGGCACAGGCUGAAUCCUGCUCAGAGGGCACUGUACCGGGAUGUGAUGCUGGAGACCUACAGCAACCUUGUCUCAGUGGGUUAUGAAGGCACUAAACCAUAUGUGAUCCUCAAGCUGGAGCAGGAAGAAGCACCAUGGAUUUGUGAGGCAGCAUGCUCAGGCUGCCACUGUCAGGAAAACAUUUGUCAAAUUAAUGUCCAGAGGAAAAGACAAGACAUGAUUUUGAAACAAGGUGCAUUCAUCAGCAAGAAAACACUGCCCAAGGAAAGAAGCCAUGAAAGCAAUAAGUUUGGGAAAAUAUCACCUCUGAGCACUAAUCUUUUUCCUUCAAUUCAAAACCCUACUAACUGGGACCCCUGUGGAAAGAGUGCAAACCAUAAUUUAGAUUUUAUUGGUUUUAAGAGAAACUCUUCAAAAAAACAAGAUGAGUGCUGUGGAUGUGGGAAAUUGUUACAACAUACAAACCAUGAUAGAAGACCUAAUGGAGAAAAACUCUGGGAAUGCAGUCAUUGUGAGAAAGCUUUCAGCCACAACCCAGCACUUAUGUAUAAACCAGCAGUAACCAAUUCUCUUGUGUACAAACGUAAGAGGGUUCCACCUACAGAGAAACCCCAUGUCUGUAGCGAGUGUGGGAAAGCCUUCUGCUACAAGUCUGAAUUCAUUAGGCAUCAGAGAAGUCACACUGGGGAGAAGCCAUAUGGAUGCACUGACUGUGGGAAAGCCUUUUCACAUAAGUCAACCCUCAUUAAACAUCAGCGAAUUCACACUGGGGUAAGACCCUUUGAAUGUUUUUUCUGUGGGAAAGCCUUCACUCAGAAGUCACACCGCAGAGAACAUCAAAGAACACAUACUGGAGAGAGACCCUUUGUGUGCAGUGAAUGUGGGAAGUCAUUUGGUGAGAAGUCAUACCUCAAUGUACAUCGAAAAAUACACACAGGAGAAAGACCAUAUCGUUGCAGAGAAUGUGGGAAAGCCUUCAGCCAAAAGUCAUGCCUCAAUAAACACUGGAGAACUCACACAGGAGAAAAACCCUAUGGAUGCAGUGAAUGUGGCAAAGCUUUUUAUCAGAAGCCAAACCUCAGUAGACAUCAGAAAAUUCAUGCCAGAAAGAAUGCCUAUAGGAAUUAAAACCUGAUAAUUGUGAGAAAGCCUUAAUCAAGGUAUCCUAUUUCAUUAUAUGUGGAGGAAUUCAUUUUUAGGAGAAAUCUCAUUGAUUUAAUGAAUUUGGACAAAAUGUUUUACCAUAAGGGAAGUCAUGUUCUAAAUGUGAUAGAAAUUUUUAUACAAAGAUUAUAGAAAAUACUUUAUAAAACAAACAUGGUUACUCUGGCUUAUGAAAGUUUAAAAAUAUGUUAAUGGAAUGACAACAGCAUACAAAAUAUAUGUGAAGAGAAUUGGUAUAUUCUGGUAUAUUCCACGGUGAGCCACAUAAUAAGCAUUAUAUUUUGGAAAUGUAAAUGAAUUUAAUGUAAAUUGUGAAUAUCAAGCAUAUGUGUCACAUAGUAUGUAGAAUGCCAUUCACCAACUUUUCCACUCUAAAUAUCACCAUUGUCUUUUAGUGUCUUUUAACAAUAUAAAAAAUAAUGAUAAUAACAUUUGUUAAUGUUAAAAAGGCAAAGCUAAGGAAUAGUUUCACAACCUGAUAUCGGAUGAACAAAGUACUAUAAAUUUGAUUACUCAGCACAGCCAUUAUUUGACAAAAAGUAGUGUGGCCCUGGUAUAUUUUGCACCUCUUCUGUUUUCUUAGUCUUGCUUAACAUGCCUUGCAGCAAAUUAGUAGGAAAGACACUGUUUAUAUGAGUCUUAUAAUUCAGAAAUGCUUCAUGCAGAGACCAAAGAAGGAAAAUUUUUCUGUUUUUAUUUUUUCUUUUUGCAAAUUAAUUCAGCAACAUCCACUUUUCUUCCCUAUCAAUUUCCCUGUGAAUGUCCUGGGCACUAAAACCCAAGUUGUUUCAUCAUUUCAAUCUUUGAAAAAAGUCUACUUCCCUGAGCUGCCAUGUCAUCCAAAUAAAACAAAUGGCCAUAUUGUUCAAGACUUGCCUCCCUAUAAGAAUGCCUGAUCCAGAAUGAGAAAGGAAGCAAUCACAUGAGCACUGGGUGUUGUGUUUAAGUGAUGAAUCACUAAAUUCUACACCUGAAACUAAUAUUACACUGUAUGUUAACUGGAAUUUAAAUAAAAACUUGGGAAAAAAAGAAACAUAAUCACAGAUGUGAUUAAAAGAUGUGAUUAAAAGAGUGAUAAAAGAUAUUUCUCACAACUGUAGAUCAGCAUGCUUUUAAAAGAGGAAAUAAAUGUUUUUCUAGCACAAUGUAAGUUAGAAAAAUUUCAAUAAGAAGUAGAAACUUGAUAGAACAAUUACUAUUGAAGAGUUUGGAAAAGUGAUUAAAGAUCUAGGAUUGAAAAAUGCUCCAGGCCCAGAUGUUUUUAUAAUUAGUUUCAUCUAACUAUUUUUUGUAGGCUCCAUGCCCAGCAUGGAGCCCAGUGUGGGUUUUGAAUUCAUGACCCUGAGAUUGAGACCUGAGCUGAGAUCAAGAAUUGGAUGCUUAACUGACUGAGCCACCCAGGUGCCCCUCAUCUAACUUCUAAAGAGUAAUACCAGUGUUAUUUGAAAUAUUUCAGCCCAUAGACUAUGAUCCCCAAUUUAUUUUAUGAAGUCAGAAUAAGUUUUAACACCAAAACCAAAUCAAAGUAGUGGAAAAAAGAAAACCCCAAACCAGUCUUACUCAUGAGUUUAGAAAUAAAAAAUUAGAAUAAUAGCAAAUAGAAUUCAGCAGUAUACCUAAGAAUGAUGUAUUAUAAUGACCAAAUAAGAAUUAUUCCAAGAAUGCAGAGCCAAUGCAGUAAUAGGAAAUACAUCAAUAAAAUUAACAGUUUGAAAGAGAAGAUGCCAUCAUAGAUGCUGGAAGGUAUUUAAUUGAAUUUUGCAAACAUGUAAGUUAAAUUGUAAUAUAUAAUAACCACUUAAGAUUCUCUUUACCAAAACUCUAUAGCAUAUAUUAUGUUGAAACCAUUUUUUGAAGAUUAAGAAUUUAAUAGUAUUAGAGAUAAAAGUGUUCACUGCUGUCUAUUUUUACUAAAUAUUGUCUUAGAGUUUCCAAUGAAGGCAAUAGAAAAUAAAAUUAAAUAAUUGGUAUAAACAGUAAAAAAGGUAAAAUAUUUCCUGAUGAUAUGAUUGUAUAUCAAUAAAUGAAGAGACUAGUAAUUGUUUUGAAUUAAAAGACAAUUUUCUGAGAAGACAGUAUAGAAAUUAAAAGCUUCUCUCUGUACACAUCUAAUAACAUAUAUGCACUUCUUUUGGAAUUACACUAAAUGUCUGUGCCUUUUUUUUUUUUAAAUCUUUUGUGAAAUGAUCUUAAAGUCCUUAUGGAAGAACGUUUGUUCUAACAAUCUAAACAAAAAAAGUAUGAAAAAGAAAAUUGCAUACCAGAUGUUGGAAUAUAACAUGAAGUCACUUUAAUAAAGUAUUGGCAAAGGAACCGACAAAUACAUCAAUGGAACAGCAUAGAAAAUCCUGAAAUAGACCUUAGUGUAUAUGAACUUUCUCAUAUAUGGAAAAGGUAGAAUUUCAAACCAUAGGGGAAAAAAGGAAUCGUUUAUUUAAAAAGAAUUCUGUUACAAUUGGCUUUUAAUCAGGAAGAAAGUAAAGUUGGACUAGCAGCCCCAACCAUAUAAAAAAAAUCCAGGUGGAUUUAAGAUUUAAAAUUUUUAAUAAGUUCUUAAAGGAAAAUGAAAGACUACACGUACAGUUUAGGAGUUAGAUUAAUUUUAUCAACACAGGAUAAAAGCUAUUAAAAAAUAAAAAACAGGGUGCUGGGGUGGCUCAGUCCAUUAAGCCUCCAACUCUUGAUCUCAGCUCAUGAGUUCAAGCCCUACAUUGGGCUCCAUGCUGGACAUGGAACCUACUUAAAUAAAAAUAAAAAAUAGGAAAAAAAUGACUACAUAAAACUAUGAUCUUUUGUAUGGCAAAAGGUGCCAUCAACAAAGUCAAUACAUUAUAAUUUUGGGUGAAAUAUUUGCAAAGCCAGUCAGAGAAGUGCUUUUCAGAUUGACAGGAAAGCGAUAACUCAAUGGCAAAACAUGGCAGAAAAUGUGAAUAGACAAGUUGUAAAAAGAGCAAAUCCAGGGGCUGGUGGGACCAUCAAAAAAUGUGUAGCCUUGGUAGUUGUUGGGGAAUACAGAUUAAAGUCAUAAUGAGAUAACUGUAUGCAAUCAAACUGACAGAAAAUGGCAGGAAUGCUUUUUGCUGUCCCAACAAAGGUUGUUCUUAUACCCUGCUGGUGGAAACAUAAAUUACACCUCUUUUGAAAAGCAAUCUGGCAACAUCUAUUAUAACUUAAAAUAUUUAUGCCACUUCGGGGAAUCUUCUCUUAGAAGUAAAACCCCAAUACAUAAAGGACAGAUGAAUAUGUAUAUUUAUUAAAAAAUUGUUCCUACUGGCAAUAAAACACUAGAAUCAAAAUAAAUGCCCAUCAAGAGGGAAAUUGGAAGAGGGGAGAAACUAGUAUAUCCACUCCAUAUAAUGUUUAUAUAGCCAUUAAAGUGGACAAAUUAAACUAUGCUAGUGGACUUGAACAGAAUUCCACAAUGUUUUCUUGAGCAAAAAAAGUACAAGUAAGUGUGUAAAAUAUGAGCCUGUUUUUGUAAAUCAGUGACAAAAUUCCUCUAGCUGUUUGAGUUGAAAAACAUGUAUCCAUGUAUGUUUGUGUAUGAUUUUCUAUGCAUGAAGAAAAGUAUAGAAGAGUAUACAUUGGGUUGGGGGAGGUGGGUGAUGCAGGUUGGUUAUGAGGGAGUCAGGGAAAAUGAAAGCCAAAUAGAAAAAAAUAUAUAAAUGAACCAAGUAUGAUAUCUCUCAAGUGUGUGAUUAAGUAAAAUUAUUUGAGUGGAGAGCUAGAACUCUGCUAAUUUGUGGAGAUGUUCGUGGUAUAUUGUUAAGUGAAAAGGGAAAAUUGCAGAAUAAUGUAUAUGAAUCUAUUUUUUAAAAAAAUAAAACUAUGUGUAUAUAUAUGCAUGUAUGUUUCUAUGAACAAAGAAAAGUAUGGAUGGAUAUACAGCAAGGUGUUAAUUAACAUUGGUUACCUUGGUGGGGGAAAGGGAAAAAUAAGCAGUUGUUUAAUUUAUUUAUCUUUGUAUUGUUUUACUUGUUACAACAUAUAUUACUUUUGUAAUUUGAAAAACAAAAUAAAGGGGGUAAAUGUUUCAAAAUGCA